UUGGAGACCGUGAAAAGUCAAUGGGAAGAACAUUUCCGGACGGGGAGAGUAAUAUUCUUGCAGAUGAAUCAGAGUAGGAACUGAUGUUUUGGUUCUGACAGUCUAUUUCAUACAAUGUUUAUUAUUGAGUGAAAAUUAAUGUGCAAAGUAAUAUGGAGAGAGAGACAAAAACUGAAUGUGGUUUGUCGGGCUACCGACCGGAGUGAUCCAAUCGGCGGGGGGAGCAUGUGGGUACGGGAACUUGUACAAGACAGGUUACGGUACAAACAUUGCAGCACUGAGUACCACUCUCUUCAACGACGGUUUAGCUUGUGGCUCAUGUUACGAGCUCCGGUGCACCGGCCAGAACUGCGUGCCGCCGGGCAGCAUCACCGUCACCGCCACCGACCUCUGCCCGCCGAACCCGAGCCUGCCCAACGAUGACGGCGGCUGGUGCAACCCUCCACGGCCACACUUCGACCUGUCCCAGCCCGCCUACUUGCAAAUCGCCAUUUAUAAGGCCGGAAUUGUCCCUGUAAUUUACCGCAGGGUACCAUGCAAGAAAAAGGGCGGAAUAAAUUUCACGAUGAAGGGGCAUAUGUACUUUAACUUAGUGUUAGUGAGUAACGUUGGAGGGUCAGGAGACGUCCGAACAGUAAAAAUUAAGGGGUCGAAAACAGGGUGGCUACAAAUGUCAAGAAAUUGGGGGCAAAAUUGGCAAAGUGAUGUGGUCUUGAUUGGGCAAAGCCUCUCAUUUCAGGUCACAAUAUGUGAUGGAAGCACACUUAUAAACAAGGAUGUUGUGCCUUCUAAUUGGCAAUUUGGACAAACUUUUGAAGGGUCUCAAUUUUGAUAUCAAACGCUACCAUGUAUUAUUAAAAAUAAGAAGAAUAAGCAAAAAUUCUCCCUUCUGAAAUCACCCACAUGCCACUGCCGAUUUUUUCUCUGUUCUUCUUUCUUUCUUUUCUUCUCUUUUUCAUUCUUUUCAUUUCUUCUUCUCUCUUCUUCUUUAAUUCCUUUUCCUCCAUGUUUUGAUCGUUGUUCCGUCACCCAAUAAUUGGGAGCAGCGAGCAGAGAGAGGCGGGCAAGAAGAACCAGAGAUCGAAGAGCAGAUCUAUGAAAUCCCAUGGUACAUACGUGAACCAGAGAGAGGCGGGCAAGAUGAACCAUGGUCAGAUCUGUUCCUUUUUCGACAUAAUCUCCAUCAAUUUCAUAGAUCUAUAAAGCUUUUGUUACUCCUAGCCUUGCCCCAAGCCGUCAAAACCUCGGAUGGAAGAGAUUAGAUCUACGAGGGAGGGGGUUACGGAAGGGAUGGCGGCAAGAAGAACCACCGAAGUCAUCCGAUGGUUCCAGAGAGUCGGCGGCAGCGGCUGUAAAGAAUCGCCAGCGGUGGUAGAGAAUCGCUGGCGGUGGUAGAGAAUCGCCGGCGGGGGUGUUGGCAAUCAGAGAUUCGGUACCAGUAGAUUGAAAGAUGGAAGGUUGCAGGGGUAAAAUAGGAAAGUCAAAGCAAAUUUUAUCACACAUUAAUAUGCGUGCACGGUCAAACCGGGAAGUUCUUUUUUGGACGGAGGGAGUAUCAUUAUAUGUCUAAGAAUAUCAUACUUAAAAAAAAUAAGUUUAUCAUAU